AUGAUAAACGAGUUUAAUACCUCACCUCUGCGCCACACGUCAAAGGUGAACAACCAUCAUCAAAAUGCUUGGCAAAAGAGAAUUGAACAUAGACCAACAAUCGAAUUCAAUUUGAGCCACGGUAGAUGCCUUGAAGACGGUUGGACAACCUCUACUGCCGUUGUGGCUAAACUUGCCAGCUCCAAAAUCUAUAUUAAAAAGACAAAACCACCACCAUAUCAUCAUCGUCAUCAUGUCACUACCCAAUUCUGUAAAUAUAGAUUUAGAUAUAUUAUCAUUCAUCAUCAUCAUGUAGGAUCACCAAAUGGAGAUUCAAUGUUAUAUUCAUCUCCUCGUUCAGGAACAUCACCUGCAAGAUCAAGUAUUGAUUUAGCAAAUAGAAAAUCACAUCAUAAAGCAGCAAAGAAUAUCUUACAAAAUUUGAAUCGUACAAGUAGUAGUGGUAGUUUUGGUAGCAGUGGAUUCAUGCCCAAACCAAAUAGUUUCUAUCCAAGUACUCCACCACAAAGCAGCAGUAAUCUGCAUCAAUCCACUGGUGUCGAUGAGGUUGGCUCUGGACAAUCACCAGAUAUACCCCUUUCACAUUCAUCGGCUGGUGCUGCAAAUGACAAUGGUGAAAAGAUUGAUAAAUCAUUGUGGACUGUUAGAGCACUCAAAGAACACCCAGAGAUUGCUGAUCUCUACGAUAGAAUCAAACCAAUCAAUAGAUGUAUAGCUUUGGGUCAGUGUUAUGCCUACGAAGAGACACUUGCAAAUGAUCCGCUUAUCGGUGGUGAUUCAAUGAUUCAAUUGAUUCUUCAACAUUUACAAUAUGAAGGUUUAUUAAAUUCUAGAAAGUCUUUAGAAGAAGAAGCAAAUGUAAAAUAUCCAGACUAUGCAUUUAAUGAAAGUAGAUUAGUAACUUUAAUUAGAACAGCUUUGAAAGAUUCUGAAAAGAUUUUUGGACUAACUUUGGAUGAAAGACAAAAGGAUGCUCAACAAUCAUUAGAAGAACAUCUUGCUUUUUUGGGUUUAUUAUAUGAAGAACCUGUUGAAAUGGAAGAUGCAAAUAUUUAUGAUGAACCAGAUUCCAAUAUUUUGUAUGUUGAAGAAAAGGAUAAAGAAAAGGAACAACAACAAGCAAUGGCAGCUGCACAAAAUGGUACAUCACCACCAGCAGGUAUUACACAAUCGACAUCGUUGAGUGGAGGAUUGGGAGCAUCGAUGACUGGUACACCAUCCAAUCCAACCACACCACCAAGCCAUCCAUCACCAUCAAUUCUUACACAAUCAGGAGGUAUUCCAUUACCAAACAAUCUUAGUAGCGCCAGUCUCUUAUCAAGCAGCAGUAGUAUCAACCACAUGAAUAUGAACAACAACAACAACAACAACGAUCCAAGUAACAAUAUCAAAGCAAUCAAGGCAGCUUCACUCAACAAAUUGGUUAUCCUUUUGGCACCAGAAAAGAACCACGAUCUCGAAUAUACAAAGAUCUUCCUCUUGACCUAUCAAUCGUUUACCACACCCGAGAAGCUUUUACAAAAGCUCAUUCAACGUUACAAUGUACCACAACUAGCCGGACAAACAGAGGAAGAAUGGAAAAAGAUUGCCAUCUACAUUCAACUUCGUGUUGUCAAUGUACUCAAAAACUGGGUCAAGGAGAGUUUCUCUGACCUCAACGACAAGAUGAUUCAAACCAUCAAGGCAUUUUGCGAAAACCUCCGUCACGAAGGUAACCAUUCACACUCUGUUCGUAUCAUGACAACGCUAAACUCCAAGAUCAAGGGUGGUUCUGAAGAGGAUGAAGACGACAAAAAGAACAAGGUCGUCUUUACUACACCGGCACCAGAACCAAAGGUACCAAAGAAUAUUUGGUCUCAAUCACUCGAUAUUCUAGACGUUGAUGAUGAAGAAAUUGCUCGUCAACUUACACUUAUCGAUUUUGAAAUGUUUGCUGCCAUCAAACCAAGUGAACUUCUCAAUCAAUCGUGGAACAAACCAAAACUUCGUCACCGUUCUCCCAAUGUUUUGGCUCUCAUCUCUCGUUUUAAUGAAAUCUCUUCUUGGACUGCUUCAAUGAUUUUGAAUCAUGACAAGGUUAAAGAUAGAGCAAGAGUUAUGGCUAAAUUUGUUAAAAUUGGUGAAUUUUUAUUAAAACAAUUAAAUAAUUAUAAUACAGCAAUGGCAAUUUUAUCAGGAUUAAAUCAAUCUGCUAUUCAUAGAUUAAAGUUUACACGUGAAGAAAUGCCAAAGGCCGUUCAACAAUCAUAUACCGAUCUACAAGCUCAACUAUCCAAUGCCUUUUCCUACAAAGUAUAUCGUGAACUUUUGGCCAAAGCCAAUCCACCACUCCUGCCCUAUCUCGGUGUUUGUCUUACCGAUCUCACCUUUAUCGAAGAUGGUAAUCCCGAUUUCAUUGGUAAUUUGAUUAACUUUAGCAAGAGAAGAUUGGUCUAUAAUGUAAUCUCUACUGUACUCGGAUCUCAAUUGUCUCGUUACAACCUUCAACCAGUAUACCAAAUAUCUAAACUCUUGAAAAAUCUUAAACCUCGUUUCGAUGAAGAGGAUCUCUAUCGUAGAUCUCUUAAAUUUGAAUCAACAGAAGAAUUUAUUGGAUGCAGAUCAUUAGAGACUGUAGAUAAAGAUGUAUUCAACUUGAUUGGUAGAGAAAAGAAAAGACAAACUGAUGGUUUGGAAUUAAUUGCUUCAGAAAACUUUACAUCAAAAGCAGUUAUGGAAGCUAUUGGAUCACAUUUUACCAAUAAAUAUGCUGAAGGAUAUCCAGGUGCUAGAUAUUAUGGUGGUGCUGAAGUUGUCGAUGAAUUGGAAAGAUUGUGUAUCGCAAGAGCUUUGAAAUGUUUCCAUCUCGACGAAAAGGAAUGGGGAGCCAACGUUCAACCAUACAGUGGAUCACCAGCCAACUUUGAAGUAUAUACUGCUCUUCUCCAACCACACGACCGUAUCAUGGGACUUGAUCUCCCAUCUGGAGGUCAUUUGACACACGGUUACCAAACCGCUAAAAAGAAGAUUUCAGCCAGUUCUGUCUACUUUGAAUCGAUGCCAUACCAAAUCGGUGCCGAUGGUUUGAUCGACCACCAACGUCUCCAAGAGAAUGUACACCUCUUUAAGCCAAAGCUCAUCAUUUGUGGUGGCUCUGCAUAUCCACGUGAAUGGAACUAUGCCAAGUUCCGUGAGAUUGCUGAUAGUGUCGGUGCCUAUUUGAUGUGUGAUAUGGCUCACUAUUCUGGUUUGGUUGCUGCCAACCUCCUCGACUCGCCAUUCAAGUACUGUGAUGUCGUUACCACCACCACUCACAAGACUCUCAGAGGUCCACGUUCCGGUAUCAUCUUUUUCAAAAAGUCAAUCCCCGAAAUUGAAAACAAGAUCAACUUUGCCGUCUUUCCAAUGCUCCAAGGUGGUCCACACGAAAAUGUCAUUGCUGGUGUUGCCGUUGCCCUCCUCGAAGCCUCUCAACCUGCUUUCCACGAAUACGCUGCUCAAGUCCAAAAGAAUGCUCGUACCAUUGGCGAGAAUCUCAUUGCCAAGGGUUACAAGUUGGUGACUGGUGGCACUGACAACCAUCUCGUCUUGUGGGAUCUCCGUCCACAAGGAAUCACUGGCAACAAGUUUGAAAAGGCUUGUGAUGCUGCCAACAUCACUGUCAACAAAAAUGCUGUCCACGGUGAUGCCAGUGCUCUCUCCCCAGGUGGUGUCCGUAUCGGUGCUCCAGCCCUCACCUCUCGUGGUUUCAAGGAACAAGAUUUUGUAAAGGUCGUCGAAUUCCUCGAUCGUAUCCUCAAGAUUUGCAUUGACAUUCAAACCAAGGUUGGUCCAAAGUUGGUCGAUUUCACUGCUGCCCUCGAAAGCAACCAAGAAAUCAAAGAAAUUAAAUCUCAAGUUGAAUCAUUCUCUAAACAAUUCCCAUUACCAGAAUAA